AAGAACUACGUUCUCAUCCCACCUCUUCCCAGUGAUAUUCCCUACAACCUCACCAAGCCACAAAGUCACUUCUCCCAGUUCCCCGACCAGAUAGCUUUCCUUCAGAGCACCUUUGAAAAUUUUAGAGGAGGAUUCUUCAUCGAAGCUGGAGCAUAUGAUGGCGAAAUGUUUUCAAAUACCCUCUGGCUUGAAAGGGAGAGGAACUGGACGGGACUCCUCGUCGAACCCGACGCCAAAAAUUUCGACAGUUUGAAAGGAAAGAAGAGAAAGUCAUGGCUGUCCCAUUCCUGUCUCAGUCCUAUCCCAUAUCCCCAACAGAUGUCUUUGAAGGGAGAAGGCGCAGGGGCGGAGAUGACGUCCAAGAAUCAGACAGACCAAAAUGGACAGGAAUUGAUCUGUUUCCCGUUAGAAUCAUUCCUCAGCGUCAUCGGCCAGUCGAAGAUAGAUUUCUUCAGCCUUGAUAUUGAAGGAAUGGAUUAUGAAGUUCUGACUAGCAUCCCUUGGGACAUUCUCGACAUUCAGAUCAUGAUGGUGGAAUCUAACAAAGGAACAAGAGAACAGAUCCUGAAGUUCAUGGCUGAAAAGAACUAUCGGCAUGCGAAGAAACUAAAUAUUGACGAUGUUUUUGAGAAACCAAGGACAUGAUACCUAGGUAUGAGGAUGAAGUGUAUCCUGCGAUUAUUAUUUAUUCUUACUUCUUCG